UUCACAUAGAACUAUACGGUAUUCGGUAUACGCUAUUCGAUAUACGCUAUUCGGUAUUCGCUAUACGCUAUACGGGCACGGCGAGUCACAUAGGGUAGCAUGCGUGCGGUAUUCGGUCUUUUGUCGCCGAUCAGAUGGAAAGUUCAGACGAAGAAGAUUUGGCUCUUCUCCUCUUUUAAUAGCCGAGGAUGAAGCUGACCAGGUACAAAGACCAAAGAAAGAAAGAACAGAAUGGGUGCGGCAGCACUUUAAGAUGAGACCUCUGUUGGGGGAGUACCACAGGACAUUUAAAAACCUCAUGGAUCAUCCAGAUGAGAAGAUCUUCUUUAACUAUAUGCGCAUGUCAUACGCCAGCUACAGAGAGUUGAAAGAUCUGAUUUUGCCCCACAUCCGUCCCAUUGGAUCAAACUGGAGGGAACCGAUAUCAGGAGAAGAGAAGCUUGUUUUGACCAUAAGACACCUUGCCACGGGAUCCUCGUUUGCGUCGAUGUCAGCACCUUUUCAUAUGGCAAAAAACACGAUUGCCAAACAUGUGUAUGAAACAUGUCAGAAGCUGUGGGCAGUACUCCAGCCAAUCGAGAUGCCAAAACCGUCGGAGGAUUACUGGAAACGAAUAGCGAAACGUUUUGGCGAAUUGUGGGAUUUUCCCUUUGCCGUUGGAGCACUUGAUGGGAAACACAUUGCGAUUGUGAACCCUUCAAACACUGGAUCCAUGUUCUACAAUUACAAGGGGUUUCCUAGUAUUGUGCUCAUGGCAUUAAGUGAUGCAGAUUCUUGCUUUAUCUUGGUGGAUUGUGGUCAAUAUGGAAGAGUUUGUGAUGCCGGUGUCUUUCAAAAUUCAGUGAUAUCUGAACUGCUGGAAAGGCAACAGCUUAACAUUCCAAAGGGAUAUUUCAAAGUUAACACAUCAAAUGAAAAGAUUCCAUUCAUGAUUGUCGGUGAUGAAGCCUUUCCUUUGAAGACGUACUUGAUGCGUCCCUUUGCAGCCCGUACACUGAAUGAUGAGAGGCGUAUCUACAACUAUAGACAUUCCAGAGCCCGACGUUCUGUCGAAUGCUGUUUUGGAAUUUUAGCCAAAAAGUUUGAAGUUUUCCAACGACCUAUGCGCCUUCAGCCGGACAAAGUAGUUGCAGUUACAAAUGCCGCAACGGUUCUUCACAACUAUGUCCGAAGACGAGAUGGCCACAUGAAAGAUCGCACAUCAUCUAUCAAGUAUGAAUUAUUCCAGAAUACAGGGAAUGGUUUGAUCAACCUUCAACCACUUCAUGCGAAGCUGGCGAAACAUUUAUAA